CCUCUAAUUUGGCUCCCGUUCCUCCAACAGUGAGCAAGACCUGCCAGCAGAGCUCACUGGAGCAGGGAGACAUCCCGUCAUCCUUUUGGCGCCUGACAAAGUACACUUUUUUUCUUCUAAAUAACACUAUAGUAACAUCUUCUGCACUAAGUUACAUUUCGAAUAAGAUUGGUGUUAAGUGAGAAAGAAUCCUAAAGAUGGUCCAAUGGGCAUGGUCUGAAGCCUCUCGUCAUCUCAGUAUGUUGAACCGCCUGAUUUCUUGCAGGCUUGAGAUUCAGAUCCUGCUGAACGAUGUUAAGCAUUCGAUUAAACACAUGCAGGGGACGCUGAACACCAUGCAGGGGCAGUGUAUUUAGUUGCAGACUGCCAUGUCUAAGGUAGUGUCAGAAGAGUCUCAGAUACAGAAGAAUAAGUCUAUGAUGGUAUGGUGAUAAUGAUUGAGAUGGUGAUUAUAAUAAUGACUAGCGGUACCCCACCCUACGGGCGGUAAAUCAUUGGAUCUGAUUAUUUCAAUUCAAUGCAAUUCAAUCUUUCAGGACUGCAACCAUAGAAAUACAAUUUAUUUACACUAAUAAUAAGCUAUUGUCAACUUCCCGUCUAUGCUUAUCUUGCUCAUUGCUCACUGUCAAUUGCUGACUGUUACCCUAUGUGUGCAUCUAUUAUUGAUUUCUCACAGAAAAAUAUUUUGGUUGCAAAUGGACCUGGGGCCAUGUAAAUAAUUGUUAGGCUUCUCAUUUUGAAUCCACCCGUGGCAACUUGUGUGACCAUAAAAGUCUGUGUGCGACUGGGCACAGUAAAAUAAUUUGGUUACUGACCUGCCCUACAUCAUAGAAGGCCCUUCAAGUCGGAACUAGCAAAUUCUGACAUUUCUGACUCGCGAACUCGUUAUGGAAUGAUGAUUUCAAGUUACCCACUUGUGAAGUAUCAGAAUCAACCAGUAGGAAGCUCUACACUGAUAAGUUACAUUCAUUUUAACUCUGAGGUUCCAAGUUUCCGAUGGCAUGUGAAUGCGAAGAUGAUGCUAUCAUAAAGUAUUUGAUGUAAGUAUGUAGGAUAAUUACCACAAUUGCCAUGGUAAUUUUGAAUGUUCAGUCAGUGAGCAUUAUGGGUAAUUAUCCUACAUACUUACAUCAAAUACUUUAUGAUAGCAUCAUCUUCUGUAGUAACAGUGUCAUUCCAAAGAUCCUCCAAGCAUCAGGCCUCAUCCCUGAAGAGAGGGAGGACAUCCUCCUCACAGACAGUGUCUCUGCACAGAGGGAGGGGAUUCUUCCAACAACUACUGUCACUAUGCAAAAGGAGAAGAUCCUCAGAGCAUCAGGCCUCAUCCCUGCACAGAGGGAGUUGAUCCUCCUGAAGGCCAGCGUCCCUGCACACAGGGAGUGGAUCGUCCCAAAGGCUAGUGUCCCUGCAGAGAGGGAGGAGAUCUUCCUCACAACCAGUGUCCCUGUGAAGAGUGGACACAAUCAUCCACAACCACCUCCCAUCAUCCCCAUGGUGGCACCACUGUGGAAAUGGGAUGGUGGAGCGUGUACUCCACCUGUGGAUUUCUAUUCCAAGAGAAGAGAUGUCCGACUUAGAUAUGUUGAGGAUCUUGCUAUGAUGUCCAUCACCAAGCCGGAACACUCCAAGGCCAACCCUCAGUGCCAGACUGGCAGCCGGCCGGUGGCUGAGCCCGAGACCCCUGCUGUUCACAAUAACAGUGGAGGCUGGCUCAGCUGGGUCUUUGGGAGUGGAAGAGUUAAUAAGAAGGAGGUUCAUCUACCUGAGGACAAAGACAGAUCUGUAAGGAACUGGUUAUUAACACUAUAUUCUAUGUAGAGACAAUUGAGUGGAUUAAAAAAAAACUAUUGCGGCUUGAUUCACAUUGC